GCCAUUUUCCCACUCCUUUUUCUAACGGAAGCAGGCGACGGGCGGAAGGACCUGGAGGUGGUCGUAGUGAAGGGAAAGCGGGCUUUCCCGCAGUGAGAGGGGAGAUGGAAGGGACUGUGUACAGAGUUCAGUAUCGGCUGCAAGCGCUUGUGUAGUGGACGCGCGGCCCCACCAGACACCGUCAUAAAUCUUUUAAAAAGUGUUGUAUCAGAACCACAUGCCACCCUAUUCUCCCUCUCCUUGAUUGAUUUCUAAAAGACUGUGCCUUGUUCGGAAGGUUUUACUUAAGCCUCUUUUGUGCCAGUCUGGUGAAGCCUGUAGAUUGUCCUCAGAGUCAAGUUUUUAAAUGGAUAAGAUAUAGAAGAUUCCAAAGGAAAACAAUUAUGUUGACACAGUUUUCUAUUUGUAUAAACUCUGAGUUCUUGAUAGAGUGAUAAAUAUAUGCUUUUCGAAAUGAACUUUCUUAAACAAGAUCUAGUGGGGAGUAUAGUAACAACUGGAAUUUCAAAGUAACGAGUUCGCACACCACCUUCGACAACUCCAAAGUAAAACGAAAACGUUUAAUCUCUGUGGUUGUUAAAGUUGCAGGCACUAAUAUUUUAAUGAAGGCAUAAUUCAUUAUUCAUUUCAUUAUUGCCUAUAGUCAUAAUUGAAGAACAUGCUAAAUUUCAGUUACAGGAUAGUGCGAAUACUUUUUUUUCUUAUGCUUCGGAGCGAAACUGACAUUAUUAAUAUUUUAACAACUGGAUGUAUUAAACAUGUCCAAAGGUUUUGGGCUCCAACCUGUGAUUGUUUAAGGUAGAGUUAAGGACAGCAGUUGAGUGUGAUUGCUACGGGGAGAGUCCUAGCUGGCAAAGUAAACAUCAGAAUUCAUGAAAGAAACUUAGUUACAAACUGGGGAGGUUUAUGCUGCAUGAUCACAUUAAGAUCUUUGCCAGAUUCGGGAUUUAUGUUAAAAUGCAUUAACUUACCUCGAUAUAUGAUUCCGUGUUUCAGAACUGUGGAACCCCUGGAGUAUUACAGGAGAUUUCUGAAAGAGAACUGCCGUCCAGAUGGAAGAGAACUUGGUGAAUUCAGAACCACAACUGUGAACAUAGGUUCAAUUAGUACUGCAGAUGGUUCUGCUUUAGUGAAGCUGGGAAAUACGACAGUAAUUUGUGGAAUUAAGGCGGAAUUUGCAGCACCACCAACAGAUGCCCCUGAUAAAGGAUAUGUUGUUCCUAAUGUGGAUCUACCACCUCUGUGUUCGUCGAGAUUUCGGUCUGGACCUCCUGGAGAAGAGGCCCAAGUGGCUAGCCAGUUCAUUGCAGAUGUCAUUGAAAAUUCACAGAUAAUUCAGAAAGAGGACUUAUGCAUUUCUCCAGGAAAGCUUUCUUGGGUUCUGUACUGUGAUAUCAUUUGCCUGGACUAUGAUGGGAACAUCUUGGAUGCCUGUACAUUUGCUUUGUUAGCAGCUUUAAAAAAUGUACAGCUACCAGAAGUUACUAUAAAUGAAGAAACUGCCUUAGCAGAAGUUAAUUUAAAGAAGAAAAGUUAUUUGAAUAUUAGAACUCAUCCAGUUGCAACUUCUUUUGCUGUAUUUGAUGACACUCUGCUCAUAGUUGACCCUACUGGAGAGGAGGAACAUCUGGCAACAGGAACCUUAACAGUAGUAAUGGAUGAGGAAGGCAAACUAUGUUGUCUUCACAAACCGGGUGGAAGUGGGCUGACUGGAGCUAAACUUCAGGACUGUAUGAGCCGAGCAGUUACCAGACACAAAGAAGUAAAAAAGCUAAUGGAUGAAGUAAUUAAGAGUAUGAAACCCAAAUAAACCACCACCACAUUUUCAAAACGGAUUUGUAAAAACUGUAUUUGUUACACUGUGCACAAACCUUUUAUACUAAAUAAAUAUCAAACUACA